AUGCCGGGUCUCCGUAUGGACGAUUCGCGACGCCACGCCGCCCACAGGCGCGCUGGCCGCGCCCUGCGCCGCAAAGAACAAACUGUGGAGAUGUCAAUUGAACAAUGGUUGAGAGAGUCAUCUUACAUGCAAAUCCCGUUGUUCCCGGAUACGACGCACCCGGCCCUGCUCAAAAUGGAGAUAGAGCGCGACCUCCUGCUCUUUGAACACUAUCUCCGAGACGCAGAGGUCGAGCAUGCUGCCCGCCUCCGAGAUGAGACAAUCAUAAAUAAUCGCCACCACCACUUCCAUUUGACGAUUCUCGGUGGUGGUGAUUCCAACGAGGAGGAGAGGGAUCUCCAACAAUUUCAAAAAGAUCUUCAGCUAGCAGAAAACGUUCGAUUUUUGGGCCUCCAAUUACAGGACCUCACAAAGGAAUAUAACACGGAGCACCUCAAAUGUCUAGCUUUUGGACUUCCAUGA